AAAUGUGCAACUGGAAAUAAAUUAUAAUAAAACCCUUCAAAAUGAAACGGAUCGAAUGCAAUUAUUUUAUCAAAAUCUUAUCAAAAUGCAUUUCAAAGAGCCUAAAUUGCAAACGAAGCAAAAGAACGGUGCAAACAAGGCCUCGCAAAAAGCUUUGCAAGUUUUAAUUAAAAAGAUCAAGGAAGGCAAAGAUUAUGAAACCAAAAUUAUUUGUUUAGAAGAAAAACUUAAUGAAACAAAAGAACAAAUAGAACAAUUAAAUCGUGCUAUCUCUAGAAAAGACUUUAACAUUAAAUAUCUUAUUAGCAAAAUUAACGUUAAUAAACAAAAAAAAACUGAUAAAAUUUAA